ACAAAUUCAGCAAAGCCACAGUUUGUAUGUAUCAUUCAACCAGUUUGUAUCGAUAGUUUUCUUAGUGGUGUUAUAUGUGUUUAGUUAUAUUCAUGGCAGCCGACAGUUCAAUGUAUGUACGAGGAAGAGAUGGCAAGGGGUUAAUUUUUCACGAACUUCUGGAGGCUCUCGAAGAAGAAAAUGAAAUGCCUGAAUAUAUAUCGAUUUUUCCUCCCGAAGAACCUCCAGAUGCAGAUACAGAUAAGGAUUCUGAUUUCUCGGAUGAAGAAGUGGCCGGCGAUACCAAUCAUCUUCCAGGUCGUAUCCUGCGCUCUCAAGUAAGUGUGAAGUACAGUCAUGAAAUUAAAGCUGCAGAUGAUACUAACAACGUUUCCCAACCAAGUACCUCUCGACAGAAUAAUAUUUCUCAACCAUGUAACUCCAAAUGCCCGAAAUCUGCCAAACGACCACGUCUAAAUCCAACUACAUGGAAAUCAAAUAUUUUUGAAUUUUCUUCGAAGGUUCCUGAACCCGACAACGAAUACCGGCCAAAUGUAGAGGAUCUUUUGAAAGAAACAGUUAAAAGCCCGACUGACGCAUUUAGGUGUUACUUUACACAAGAUAUAAUAGAGCACAUUGUUCGCGAAACAAACUCUUAUGCUGGGCAAAAAUUAGUUCAUAAUCUGAACGCCACUUCGGCAGAAAUUUUAACGUUUGUUGGGGUUUUGCUCUUAUCGGGAUAUCAUCCACUGCCUUGCAGACGGCUUUACUGGACUGUAGAUGAAGACGUUCAUACACCAAUAGUCUCAAAUACAAUGAGACGAAAUCGUUUUGACGAACUCAUGAAUUUCAUUCAUCUCGCCGAUAAUCAGUCCAAUGACGGUACUGAUCGAAUGUACAAAUUUCGCCCUUUGUUAGAUAUGCUAAAUUCUGCAUUCAAGCAAAUUACUCCUGGUCCCACUGUUAGCGUCGAUGAGAGUAUGAUUCCGUAUUACGGGAGACAUGGAAGUAAGCAAUUUAUAAGGGGUAAACCCACUAGAUUUGGGUACAAACUGUGGGUAGCUGCCGAUCCUUCGGGUUACAUCCAUCAUGUUGAACCGUAUUGUGGCUCUUCCACUCGCCUUCCUCAAACUGGUCUAGGACAAGGUGGUGAUGUUGUUAUAGGUCUAAUUGAUCACAUGCAAUUGAAAAAAGGACACAGACUUUAUUUUGACAAUCUUUUUACGUCGGUUGCAUUGUUGCAAGAAUUAAGUUCCAGAGAAAUUGGAGGCACAGGAACAUUGCGUAAAAAUCGCUGUAAUGCCUCAAUGAAACUGCCAGAAAAAAGUGCGUGGAAAAAAAAAGAAAGGUGACGUGCCUACUUCAUCGUCUGGAGAUCUUUUGCUCGUUCGCU